UUUGCAUGAAAAGAGAAAGCUCCUGACCUCUCCAUUUAAAUAGAAACACAUGCAUUAAACAUCUCCUGCACUGUGCAGGUUGCCAUAGUCCUCCAGCGAGGUCUUUUGCAGUGGCACCAUCCUGGCAGACUUUAUUGGUUCAUAUACUCUGCAGGAAACAAGGCUCUAUUUGUAGUCAGGUUGCACAUUUACAUGUCACCCUUAGAUACAGAGAUAGCAGGAUAUGCUGCUUGUUGACCUGGUGGAAACAUGAUGGAACACUUGCAAACAGUUCUGCGAGACAGUUAAAGCCACAUUCAACAUAUAGCCAUGUCAGUAUGUGUCACACACAGCUCUACAGGGGCGUCUGAAAAGGAAAUAAUUUUGUGAGUGACUUAAGCCAGCUGAGAGCACAGGAGAUCAGUUCAGUAGAGGAGUAAGUUUCAUAUCAAGGUAAGAGAUUUCAUUUACCAUUCAAAACUGCAUAGAAAAAACGUUCAAUUUUGAGAAAUGCACAUUUCAGUUCCGCAGAUGAAAACAACAGUAUGAUGUCUGUCUGUUGUUUUUAGAUUCACUGCAUUCACUGUUAAAAUAUAUUUUUCUUUACUACUUUUUCAAAGAAAGCUUGCCCCAGACUUUGGUUUUUACUGUAUUAUUACAGUAGCCUACUGUAUCAUUAAUCCACUUUGCGAAAUGAAUGAAGCAUCUCUUUUAACAUAGGGCACGUCAGGUAUGUGUAUUAUGUAAAAUAAUGAUGUGAAUCCCCAUUUCCACUGUAGCAUUGAUAAUCAGAUUUGUCUGGUGUAACAGCAGCGUGUCAUGGAAAAGGUCCAGAGUUAAUAUUUGUGACUCAGUGCCUCCAUAUUAGAGAGUGUAAGAGUAUCUCUGUUCCUCUGGCUGGUGUCCUCUUCACUCUCUGAUUGGGCGCGUCAUGGAGGUUUUCUACAUCAACUCCUCCAUGCUCUUCGUCUCUCACAGACCCCUCAACAACACCUACGGCGAGAAGACGGUGUACGAGCAGUGCAAAGAGCUGCCCGCUGUUCUUAUCUGGUACCUGUGCCUGCAGUUCAUCAACAUGUUCCUGGGCAUCCCGGCCAACAUCAUGGUGCUGUGGCUCAUCCACAAGAACAAGGGCGACUCCUCCACCUCAGACAUCUUCAUCCUUCAUCUGGCAGUUUUGGACGUUCUCUUCUGUCUCAUCCCACCACUGGAGCUGGCCAACAUCGUCUUCCUCACCACCAGCAGCACCUGGUACGUCCUGCGCUUCUUCUAUGGCAUCAAGGACUCCUCGCCGCUCUUCCUCUCCUGCAUCUGCCUGGACCGGUACAUGGCCGUGGUCCACCCCAUCACCUUCACCGAGCUGAAGGACCGCAAGCACAGGACGGUCCUGGCCAUAGUGGUCUGGCUUAUCACCCUGGCCUAUGCUGCCGCUAAAUGCGUGGGCAACAUUGUCAACUUCGAGAAGGUCUUCACGGCGAUGAUCCUGGCAGCGUUCGCCUUCAUGGUCUUCUGCAACAUUGUGAUCCUCUGGGCGCUGCGGCAGUCUGGGCCCGGCAGAGACGAGAUGCACCCCGUGAAGAAGAGAGCCUUCAAAAUGGUCCUCAUCAUCCUGGCCAUCAUAGUGUUCAAUUACUUCCCGCCUGUCGCACUGUUCCCCUUCCAGGACUACUUCUCUCCUGAUGUGUUUCGUUGCUAUAUUCACUAUGUCGCCUUUGGCUUGAUGGACUUCAGCAGUACCAUUCAGCCUAUGCUCUACCUAUCCAAAGAAAAGCUGCUGUGGAGCCUCAACUGUUGUCAGACCAGUACGACUCAUAUCCAAUAGGGACACGUGCAAGUUCCCUAUGUUUUUGUAUGUUGCAAAAGUUGUCAUAUGAAUGUACUGAUGUAGUGAAAUACAAGAGAAUAGGUUUUGUUCUUGUGUUGAACAAAAGAUGUACUGUGCAGUGGUUCCUAGGGUCUGGGUCACCCAAAGGGAGACUCCAAAGACUACAGUUCUUGUCUGUUAUAAUAACUCUACCUUGGUUGUUAAAAUACAGCCCAACUUCAUCCACAGCAGUACACAGAUAAAGCGUAUGGAUUUCUAAAAAACCUGUGCAGAAAUCACAAAUCACAAAAAGGCAUAUUUUCCCAGUUAACCCUGGUAGUAUGUCUGGGUUGUAUUUGUCCAUGUUUUGAGAUACUAGAGAUGAUCAGUCAAUUAGUUGACUGUUGAAGUGAUUUUUCAAGCAUGAAAUGCCAAAUAUUAGCCUGUUCCAGCUUCUUAUUUUCAGACAAUUAAUUAAUGAUCGACAAGUUAAUCAAUAAUGAACAUAAUUGUUAGUUGCCCUAAGACCAACCAAAUCUCUUCUACCCAAAUAUAAUAAGGUGAGAUUUUUUGCUGCUUAAAAUAUUCAAAAAGGACAUGUCUUUCCAGAAAUAAUUUACAUAAUUGCAUUUCCAUAAUUUGGAUAAUGUAGACCUUGUCUUGUCCUUGUCUUUUUCUAAUGAAGAUAGUUAUAAUGGUUAGACAGGACACAUUUUGCCAUUAAGUGUCCUCUGUGUGAAAAUAAACCUCUGCAGCCACACCAAUGUGAAAUAAGCAGAUAAUUUUCUUUUCUUCAUGCUUCAAAGACUGGGACCACUGCAUUAUGCAAAGGCACUUGUGUAUGUACUGUGUUGUUAUCUGCUUUUCUCAGUUGCACCAAAUGCGUAAAAAAAAAAAAAAACCUUCACAGAAUGUUUUUAUACUUUUAGCGAAUGUAAUAAGAAUUUUCCUACACACUGUCUGUAAAGGGUAAAUAAGACAUUAAAAUGCUUUGGUUAAUGUUUCUCUUUAAUUUAGACACAAAUCACACAAAAUUGAAUCACAAUAAAUUCCUAGUAGCAAACACUCAGUUUAAUAUACAUUGCUAUGCAGGUAUAUCAACCAGUCGCCACAAUAAACAGUAGCCCUAUGAUCAUAAACAUGA